AUGUGCGACCUAGGGGCUUCCAUUAAUGUUAUGCCGUAUUCUGUGUAUGAAAAGCUAGGGGAAGCAAAGCUCGUCGAAACCGAUAUGGUGAUACAGCUGGCAAAUGGGUCUUGCAUCCACCCUGAGGGAGUUCUGGAAGAUGAAAUCGUCAAGGUUAACAAAUUCAUAUACCCCACCGACUUCUUCGUCAUGAAGAUGACAGAACCAGGAGCGGAGGAGUCUGUUGGCAUCCUUUUGGGAAUGCCACCCCUAUCUACAGCUAACACAGUCAUUGACGUUCGCCAUGGGACGAUGCAUCUGGGUUUUAAUGGAGAACAGCUUACAUUUGUCAUUGAUAAGGCUGUGAGAAAGCCACAGGACAGUGAGAGCAUACAGUCAGUAGAUACCGUCAGACCUCAGGAGCAAAAGUGUCUAGAAAAGGAACCCUUCAAAAAACCACCCUUUGGUCCCACUGAAGAUGGACAGCUUAAGAGGGAAGCAGCUGAAUGGUUCGACGCAACGAUAAAUGGAUGA